CGAGCCAUCUGCCGGCGCCGUCGAUUCGGAUCCGUCCGGCCCUAGGAAUUUGCCACCCUCGGAGCCGCAAGGCUGGCUGUAUGUGCGUGUAGGGCCAACGGUGCGGCAUAGCACAGCACAGCUCCUCCCCCCUUCGUCCUUGUAUCGUCUUGUCUCGUCUCUUCUGUGUGGUGUGCAUCUGCGCCGCCGCCUCCGAGAGAAGCACGAGCCACCCGCGACGAUCUUCUCUUAUCCUUCGGUCCCGGGCCGCCCCAAGCUGAGAGAGCUUCUGCCGGCGUUCCGCACCAGGGCCGUGCGCUUCUGCAUUUGCACUGCACUACACUGCAUAUUCGGUCUGCUGGUGCUGCUGGUGCUGGUGCUGCCUACGGCUGCAGCGCCUCAAUCAAUCCAACUUCAAGCACACAUCCAGCCAGCAGCACGGACUCGCUGCUAGGAGAAAAAAUACACAGGUCGAAGUUUUGCCUUUUGAGUGCAGUGCAUUGUAACUGAGUGGAUUGCUCGGCGUCAAGUCAUCGCCUCUCCGUCAAUCCUGCGCCCCAGCCAGGCGUGACGCUGCUGUUGCACUGGCCGCUGGAUUGGAAAUUGUCUGCCGAGGAAGGAGUGGACUCAGUGGAGGGCACCACCACCACUACCACCGCCGACACUCCGCGGAUCAAUUCGACACUGACGCCCUGGGCCAGAGCCCGGCGCCCCGCCAGUCAGCGUGCUCGUCUCGUCAACCUCUCCCGUCAACCACGUAUUCGCACACAACCAUCAUCGCCAACGGCCAUCCUGUCGUCGCUGGCAUUGCGGCCGAGACCGCUAGCGUCGCGAGCCACGCACACCCCAUCCAUCGGCGACUCGGCACUGCUGACGAGCAAGGGGGAGAGCACGACGACGCACCACCGACGGAGCAUGAGAUGAACCCCUCACCGCACGGCAUCGCCGCCGGCCAUGCCCAUCCUGUUGCCAUCCCUCGGCAGCAGGUGAGCAUCGAGCGCCUGCCCACCCGCCGCCAGGAGACGGGCCCGCGCGAGUCCAUGAACUGCAAGUCGUGUCGCAAGCGAAAGAUCAAGUGCAACCGGUUACGGCCUACAUGCGAGGCGUGCCAGAUUUUCCAGUGCCCCUGCGUUUACGAUGCCGUCCCCAAAAAGCGCGGUCCCAAGACGGAUGUCCUGGAGGCGCUGCUUAAGCGGGUUGACGGGCUCGAGGCCAAACUCAAGGAGAAAAAUGCCGAGGGGUCGUCUUCCAAGGACGACGAAGCCGACAACGACGAUGUCACGCCCGAGGAGUCUGACGGCAACGGGGCCGAGCCAAUGGAGCCGCCCCUGAAACGAAUCGCCAGCGGGUCGGACAAGGCGCCGACGAGCACCUCAUCGCGUGUCAAUUCACUGGUCCUGGAUCCGAGAGAGUCUACUGCCUCACCAGUCCAGGUCGACACACUCCUGCACACGUACUUUUCUCGUUCUCAUGGCAAGCCCUAUUACAUUGUCGAUGAGUCGUCAACGAGACAUCGCGUCCUGGCGGGCCAAGCGCCCCAUCACCUUUGCUGUGCUCUUUGGGCCGUAGCUGGCAGGCUCACUCCUCAUCCUCAAGGCAGCCAGGCUGCAGUGCAACUCAGCGAGGAUUAUGCUGCACGGGCAAGACAGUCGAUGGACGUCGAUGAGCCGUCGAUCGAUACUCUGCAGACUCUAUUACUCCUUGUCCUUGCCUCUAUUGCGUCUGGAAAGGGAAAGAAGGCGCAUAUGCUCAUGGCAAAUGCCAUUGGCAUGGCCACAGCUCUUGAGCUGCAUCGGGAGGUCGACACACAGGCGUCGAUUGGGCUGGCGGACCGAGAACUGAGGAGACGCCUGUUCUGGACGUGCUACAUCCUCGAUCGGUUCCUGACAUGUGGCUCAAAACGGCCGUCGCUGAUACGCGACAAGAGCAUUGCCCUCCGUCUGCCGGCUUGGACUCCUAGUCCUUCCGCUCUGCCUGUCGAUGGCGAGUUCUUCCAACGCGGCUCCAACGUCCAGUACUUUAACGGCAACGGGAAAAAGUCACAAGGCAGUACCGGCAUGCUCAUUGACAUCACCCGCAUUCUCGGCAUCACCAACAGGUACCUUGCUGCUGGUGGCGUCAAGGGGGAUUCUCAUUUUCCCUGGCACUCGUUGUCGACGCUGUCAAAGAUCCGUCAAGAACUCGAUUUUUGGGCCUCCGGCGCCAGUGACAUGUUUUCCGGCCUGCAUACACUCUUUCGGCAACCCGAGGCCACCAUUCUGGUACUCAGCAAAUUCAUCUACCACCUCAUCCACUGCCUAGUCUACCGGCCAUUUCUGCCCAUUGACUUGGCGGAGCUGGCUGGCAACGGCCAGCAUCAGUCGUGGCAGAUCGAGGCGACGAAUAUGUGCUUUUUGCAUGCGAACGCCAUUGCGGAGCUCAUCGACUUUGCGAGACAAGCAAGCACGAUUGAGUGGCCGGCAAUCGUCGGCUACUGCAUAUGCACUGCAGCGACGGUGCAUAUCCACGGCACACAUUACACCAAUACCAGCGCUCUCGGCGAGUCCAACGUCUUCAGCCAGUCGUCGGAAUCCCUCUCCCGGGAGAUGCAGACACUGAGCGAGCUUCAGUACGCCUGGGCCAAUGUGCAGCAUGAGCGGGAUACUCUGCAGGGCAUUUACAAUGCCCACGGCGAACUAGUCAAUGUCAUGCUAGGCAGCGCUAUGCGGUACACACCGGGAUUCCACCUCGAGGACUUUUUCGACCGAUAUUCAAAUAUUGGCGGCCCCGGCGGCAAGUCGUUUCGCUUCGACCCUGCCCAUCUCAGCCUGACAGACGCGGUUGUGGACUUUUUCGUGGGCUCCUACGCUGGGGCCGCGGCUCAGGCACCGCAGGCCGCCAGUCAUGCGGAACGAACGAAGUUGAAGCGCAAGGCCACAUCCUUGAGCCAGCAAGCUCAACGGCUCGACGCACACGGACAGCCCACAGCCGGAGCACCAGCUCCUCUGCCGUCACCCGAAGCGUCAAGAGCCCCUUCGUACCAGUCAGGGGCAGUGCAGCCAUCCCCGGCCGGGCCAUCGCCACCCCUGGCAGCGCAUUACGAGAACCCGGAAUACAGCCAGGCCUCCAGCGGCGUGCGGAACGUAAUGCCGUCUGUCCCGGCUGCCCCAACGUCUGGACAAGGGCAGGCGUACGGCAUAUCGCCUUUGACGCCACGGACCGCGGGACAAGGCAUGCCUCCAUUGUCUGGGACUGGGUUCAGUCCUUAUGGGUAUGGCUCAGGGUUCACGCCCGGCAACUCUGGCCAGGGCGCGGCUAAUGACGGCAAUCCUUACGACCCCAUGUUUGGAACGUUGCCUACGAAUACCUUCAGCAGCCCUGCGGCUUGGGCCGGGGACGACGGCCAGCAAAACAAGUUGAGCAUUCUUAACUCCGGGGCUCCGGCGCCAAGCCCCGGCACCAAGAGCGCAAAGAGCGGCAGUACGGGAACGACGCAAACAGAUGAGAAGGACCCGUUUUUGAGCCUACUUGAACAGUUGGCUGAGGAUGAGCAGCGCUUCAACACGGGAACGGGGAACGAGCUUGACUACUUCCUAUCGGGAAGUGGGGGCAGCGCCUGAGAGGCAGUGCAGACAGCAACAGGCCGUCUGAGCGGCAAAACAGUCGAUGCUGCUCGAGGUGGUGUUUGACUAAUACGGAGGGGGGACGUAUAUGUCUUGAAUUGUGUACAAAUCUGCAACUCGCUUGGACGAAAUAUGCAUGGCGACAGUAGUCGCCCGCACAGAGCCAAGAUAUAUACCCAUGGAUAUGCAUGACGGCCUUUUGGCGCCUUGGC